GGUCGAUUAACAUCCCUACUCAUAUAUUUUACGUAUGAACUUUAUCUCGUAUGAUAAUACUUUCUCUUCAAUUUCUUUGUAUCAUUAAUUGUCGAAGACUUGGAGUCAAUGUUACUUGUUGCGCAAGGCAGAAUUAUUAUCAUCCCGUCUUGUAGGUCUCUCCUCAGAGAGAGUAUCACUUCUUUCUUCUCGUAUUCUCUUACUGCAAUACAGGUCGUUGGCUCUUUGAAAGAUGGCCGAACAAAUUGUAUACGGUGUUGAUAACCUUUUGAUGAAGGUGGGUUGUGUGGCUGUUGAAGAAAUCGGAUUGAUGUAUGGUGUCCCAAAGGAGCUGACCAAGCUUCAGGAGACGCUGUCCACCAUCAAAGAUGUGAUCCUUGAUGCUGAGGAGCAGCAGCAGAUAAGUGAGCUGGGGAGGAGCCGUGCAAUAGAAAGUUGGGUGAGGAGGCUUAAAGAUGUUGUUUAUGAUGCUGAUGACCUGUUCGAUGAUCUUGCAGCUGAAGAUUUGCGGCGAAAGACCGAUGUGCGGGGAAGAUUUGGGAGACGGGUAAGUGACUUCUUUUCGUCUUCAAAUCAAGUUGCUUUUCGUGUUAAGAUGGGUCAUAGAGUAAAGGAGGUUAGAGAAAGAAUGGAUGUGAUUGCAAAUGAUAUAUCCAAGUUCAAUUUUAAUCCAAGAGUCAUAACUGAGGUACGGGCGGAGCAUAGGGGGAGAGAGGCGCACUCUGUUGUGGAGAAAUCUCAUGAAAUUGUGGGUAGAGAUGAAAACAAAAGGGAAAUAAUAGACUUGUUGAUGCAAUCAAGUACUCAAGAAAAUAUGUCGAUUGUUGUGAUUGUAGGCAUGGGAGGCUUAGGCAAGACCACCCUUGCUCAGUUGGUCUGCAACGACCAGAGGGUGGUGAAAUAUUUUGAUCUUAAGAUGUGGGUGUGUGUUUCCAAUGAUUUCGAUGUAAAAAUACUGGUUAGCAAUAUCAUAAAGUCUGCAACUAAUAAGGAUGUGGAAAACUUGGAGUUGGAUCAGUUGCAAAAACUCCUUCAGCAGAACUUAGAUGGGAAGAGGUAUUUGCUUGUUUUAGAUGAUGUCUGGAACGAGGACCUAAAGAAAUGGGGUCAAUUGAUUACUUUGCUGCCUGCUGGAGCUAAUGGGAGUAAAAUCUUUGCGACCACUCGAAGCAUUGGAGUUGCAUCAGUUAUGGGAAUUAAUUCCCCAUAUGUUUUGGAAGCUAUAAAAGAAGACGAAUCUUGGGAUUUGUUCGAAAGUCUUGCAUUUAGAAAAGGAGAAGAGAAAGUGCAUUCAAACCUUGUAGCCAUAGGAAAAGACAUUUUAAAGAUGUGCAAAGGAGUUCCUCUUGUCAUUGAGACUUUGGGCAGAAUGUUGUACUUCAAAACUCGAGAAAGUCAAUGGUUGAGCAUUAAAAACAAUAAAAAUCUUAUGUUGCUUGGAAAUGAAAAUGAUAUUUUGUCGGUGUUGAAGUUAAGCUAUGACAAUCUACCGAUCCAUUUGAAACAAUGUUUUGCCUAUUGUGCAUUGUUUCCCAAAGAUUAUAGGAUCGAGAAAAAGUUGUUAGUACAAUUAUGGAUGGCACAAGGUUAUCUUCAAGCUUCUGAUGAGAACAAUGAUUUAGAGGAUGUUGGUGAUCAAUAUUUUGAGGAUUUAUUCUCAAGGUCAUUGUUUCAAGAGGCUGAAAAAGAUGCCUACAAUAAUGUAUUAAGUUGUAAAAUGCAUGACUUAAUUCAUGAUCUUGCACAAUCUAUCGUCAAGUCUGAGGUUAUUAUUUUAACAAAUUAUGUAGAGAAUAUUCCAAAAAGGAUUCAUCAUGUGUCAUUGUUUAAACGGUCCGUUCCUAUGCCUAAAGAUUUAAUGGUCAAACCCAUUAGGACCCUUUUUGUGCUCUCCAACCCUGGUUCUAAUCGAAUUGCAAGAGUUAUAUCAAGCUUCAAGUGUUUACGGGUAAUGAAGUUGAUAGGGUUAUUAUCACUUGAUGCUCUAACAUCUUUAGCCAAACUAAGCCAUCUAAGAUACCUCGAUCUUUCUUUUGGUUGUUUUGAAAUACUCCCAAGUGCUAUUACAAGAUUGAAGCAUUUACAGACAUUGAAACUUUUUCAUUGUCAGCAUCUUAAAGAACUGCCAGGAAAUAUGAAAAAAUUGAUCAACCUAAGGCAUCUUGAGAUUGAUAAAAAUAAUAGAUUGACUUAUAUGCCAUGUGGGUUGGGAGAAUUGACUAUGCUUCAAACCUUGCCAUUAUUCUUUGUAGGGAAUGAUUGUGAGGAAUCUAGGCAAAAGAGAAUUGGUAGGUUGAGUGAAUUGAAAUGCCUUGAUAGCCUCCGAGGAGAACUGAGAAUUUAAGGGCUUUCAGAUGUGAGGGGUGGUGCAUUAGAAGCUAAGGAAGCCAAUUUAGAAGGAAAACAGUACCUUCAAUGCUUGAGAUUAUAUUGGCUGGAACAAAAAGAUUCUUUGUGGGGCACAAGAACAGAAACUGCCGAGGAGAGUGAGGAGGGCUCAGAGGCUGUGUCAGUGAUGGAAAGUUUGCAACCACAUCUUAAUCUAAAGGAGCUCUUCAUAGCAAAUUACGAAGGUUUGAGAUUCCCAAAUUGGAUGAUGGAUGAUGGGUUAGGUUCGCUGCUCCCAAACCUAGUCAAAAUUGAAAUAUCGUCUUGUAACAGAAGCCAAGUCCUGCCACCUUUUGGUCAACUCCCUUCUCUUAAAUAUCUAGACAUUAUGCAGAUAGAUGAUGUGGGCUACAUGAGAGAUUAUCCUUCAUCAGCAACACCAUUCUUCCCAUCUCUGAAGACACUCCAACUUUAUUGGUUGCCUAGUUUAGAGCGAUGGGGAAGAAGGGACAUAUCAGUAGAGCAAGCUCCUUCUUUUCCUUGUCUUUCCAUAUUAAAGAUCAGUCAUUGCUCUAGCUUGAGAUCCUUGUCACUGCCUUCAUCUCCUUCUUGUCUUUCUCAAUUAGAAAUCAGAGAUUGCCCUGGUGUGACAUUCUUGCAGGUGCCUUCAUUUCCUUGCCUUAAGGAACUAUGGCUGGAUAACACCAGUACAGAGCUAUGCUUACAGUUGAUCUCUGUCUCUUCUUCAUUGAAGUCUCUGUAUAUCUCAGAAAUAGAUGAUCUGAUAUCCCUGCCAGAGGGGCUGCGACACCUCACUUCUCUCAAGUCUUUGAUAAUUGAUAAUUGUGAUAGUUUGCCCCAAGGAAUUCAGUAUCUCACUGUUCUUGAGACCUUGGAUAUUAUAAACUGCAGAGAGGUUAAUUUAUCAGAUGAUGAUGGCUUGCAAUUCCAAGGACUUAGAAGCUUGCGUCAUUUAUAUCUUGGAUGGAUACGAAAGUGGGUCUCUCUUCCAAAGGGGCUUCAACAUGUUUCCACCCUAGAAACUCUU